AGUCAACAUCAAUAUUAAUCAUACAAUCAACAGCAAAUAGAAAGUAGAGAAACAACAUGGCAUCUAAAAGACAGGACCCUUUAGUCACCAGUCCAAAACAUUUAAUUUUUAAUGCUCCAUACAAUCGCAUCCAGGGGCGUGAGCUGAGCUUGAUCAAUUCCACGCAAAUGAUUCUGCUGUUCAAGGUGAAGUCAAACUCCGCGAAGCAUUACAGUGUCCGUCCCAACGCCGGACAGGUGGAACCCUUCAGCAUCUUUAGGGUCAUCAUUACCUUGAGUUACUUUGAGUUCCAACCGGAUGUUUGCUAUCGUCAUCAUUUCAGCGUUGAGUCCAUCUACCGUCCAGUUGAUGGUCUGCGCCCGGGUGAGUCCCCUCUGUGGGUCUUUCAGCGAACUCCACCUUCAGAUAUUUGUGUGGUGCGCGUUCUUGUGCACCUGCAGGCCGCUCUACUGUCGACAUCACUGAAGAAUGUAGCCCACAAUUUAAAGCAUGGCGAUAAACAGAUCGGCAGUGUGAACGAGCCGGAGAAGGAGCCGCAGCUGAAGAAGGAGCCGCAGCUGAAGAAGGAGCCGCAGCUGAAGAAGGAGCCAGCACUCGAGACACAGGAACACAAGCAAACGGAGAAGAAGCAGCCUAAUCUGAAGAUUGUAAAUGAGAAACUGGAGAAAACAAAGCCCCAGCUACAGCAGACAGAUCAAAAGCCAAGUUUCAGGUUGGUCAUGAUUAUUUUAACUUUUGGAUUCCUAGUGACAGACUAUAUAAUCAUCCGAAUUUGGAUAGUGAUCAAAAGCAUCCGACACAAUGUUAAGUUCUCUUACUACCAUGGGAAACUCUCGAACUAUGGGAAUAUUUGUGUAGAGAAAUUUUGGACUUAUUGGAAAAUCUCGAUUGAGAAUCUCUCCGAAUAUGAGAAUAUCUGGACGUUGGAUCGUUUGAAUUAUCUGAAGUAUUGCUCUUACGAAAAGGGUUUAAACUUGGUAGAUUCGAGCGAUUUGUUGACGCCUGGAGCACCACAGAAUGGAAGUCUCCUUGGCAGCUACGAGUCCACGCUAAACUCUUCCUUUGCCGAUUCAAUUUUGGGAUUUUUGAAGCGUUAA